CACUUCCUGCACACCUGCAUAUAAGCUCACCUGUCCUGUAGCAUCAGCAGCACAGAGCCUCGUGUAUUCCUCUGGAUCCCACAGUGCAUCUAUCUGAAGAAAACCCUGCCACCCAUCAUGGCUUCCAGCAUGUCGGUGAGGAGCUUCUCUAUGAACCGUCAGCCCUCCUUUUCCAGUCGUUCUCUGAUGGACACCGGCCGCGCCCGCUCCCGUGCGUCGGUGUCUUUUGCUGCAGCCAGCCCGCUGAGCCGUUCGGUCUCCAUCAGCCAGGAUCUCAAUGGGCCAACCAGCCUGCAACUUAACGGCCUGCAUGGCAACAGCGUCAAUGAUAAGGAAGCCAUGCAGAGUCUCAACAGCCGUCUGGCCAACUACCUGGACAAGGUGCGUUCACUGGAGCGCUCCAAUGCAGACCUGGAGGCCAAGAUCAAGAAGCUGAUGCUCGACCGCAUUCCCAAAGGCCAUGACCUUGAUUCCAUGAUGGCCCAAGCUCAUGCUGUUGAGCAAGAGGUGAGGAAGAGGACCUUGGAAAAUGCUCGUCUCAUGUUAGAGAUUGAUAAUGCUAAACUGGCUGCUGAUGACUUCAGAAUUAAGUGGGAGACUGAGCUGGUGAUGUGUCAGUCUGUGGAGCGAGACUGUGUUGCUCUGAAAAAGGCCAAGACGGACCACGAGCAGAUCAUCGCCUCCCUGAGGGGAGAUCUGGACAGCCUGAAAGAAGAACUUUACUUCCUCAAGAAAAACCAUGAGGAGGAACUAGAGCAGAUGAAGUCUCGUAUUGCCAAAGAUGAAGUGAAUGUGGAGGUGGACUCGGCCAGCGGGCCAGAACUGGGCACCAUUCUGUCUGAACUGCGUUCCCAGUAUGAGGGGAUUGUCAAGAAGAACAAGGACCAAGCGGAGCAAUGGUACCGCAAGAAGCUGGAGAAUGUGCAGAACGAGGUGAAGGAGAGCAACGAGGCUCUGAGAGGAGCUCAGAGCGAGCUGAUCGAUAGGCAGCGCUUCCUGCAGACCCUGGAGGUGGAGCUGGAGGGGCUGCACAAACAGAUAGCAGCGCUGGAAGGUAACCUGGGUGAGACAGGUCAGAAAUACUCUGCUGAGAUGGAGCGGCUGCAGGCCACCCUGAGCCAGCUGGAGGACGACCUCUCCCAGCUCAGGCUGGACAUGCAGCGCACCAAGACCGACUACGAGCAGCUCCUCCGCAUCAAGCAGAACCUGGAGAUGGAGAUCGCAACCUACAGGCGCCUCCUGGAAGGAGAGGAGACAGUCAAGGAAGUUCCUCCUCCACCAAAAAGUGAAGGAGCCUGAUGUUCGCACCAGGAAGAUUGUGAAGGUGGUGACUCAGACGAUGAUCAACGGCAAAGUGGUGGACGAAUCCAGCGAGGUGGAGCAGAUCGAGGAGACCAAGAAAUAAGAAGGGGAAAGGAGAGAACAGAUAGUAACGGAUGACAAAUGAGACAGGGAUAUGCAAAACAAAAAAAGAGAGGGAGAAGAGUGUCAUUUAUUCUUGCAACAGAGAAAAUAUUGUUUAGAAUUUUUGAGGGGAAAUGACAUGACUGUGAAUGUUUUGUGUUUUCAGAGGAAUGUUUUCUCACAGUUGACUUAUUAGUGACACUUUGUUCAAUCAAUUGUUUCUGGAGAAAAUGCCACAAACAUAUACUGUAUGUCCAGUACUACUAUAGCUAUGCAUGCUUAAUCCAAUUUAGAAUAGAAAUGUGUGUUUUUGUGUGAGAGCAACUGACUAAUAGCCAUCUUCAUACUGUUUUAUUAAUAAAAUGCUGUUUACUGUACUUAAACAAGAUAUUUAUUACUUAGUGUGAACAACUUUAGUAAGCUAAUGCAUACCUUUACUCCUUUUACAAAAAUGUUACUGAGUUUUAUUCAUUUAAUUGUCUUUGCUGUGUUUGUACUAUGUCUAAAUAAAGUUUCUUUAAUUCAUG